GUAGCGUCAGCAUUGGCAACCAGUCUUUUCAAAGAUUUUGAAAUGAAAGAUCAGCAUGGCGAACCUCUCAUCAUGGAUAAAUCGAAAGUUCGUAGAGAAAGAGAGAAAUGCAGACGAAUAGUGCUCCGCAAAAGGUUUGAUGAUUCUAGUUUAAUAGCGUUUUCAUUCGACGGCAGAAAAGAUGAUACUUAUACGAGAGAAAAAAUUGAUGGUAAGUAUCAUAGUAGGAUGGUAAAAGAACCUCACCUUGUUAUUUUGAGAGAACCGAAUUCUCGAUUGAUUGGUUACGCAAGACUGGUAGAAGAAAGUGCUGAAUACAAAACAACAAAAUUGAAUGAAUUUUUCAACGAUAAAAACAUAUCUCUGGAUGCAUUGAUUGGCAUAUGCACUGACGGUGAGCCAACAAACACUGGCACACACGGUGGAAUUAUACGAAGAUUCGAAUUGCUGCUAAAAAGACCAUUGCAUUGGUUUGUUUGCCUUCUACACAUCAACGAACUUCCGUUUCGACAUUUGUUUGGGGUUUUGGAUAAAUCAUCCACCACUGGACCAACAUCAACAACCGGGAAACUAAGCAAGCAAAUUGAAAAUUCUGAAGCUCUUCCGGUGGUGAGCGACUUUCAGAGAAUUGCGUUGGAAAAUAUGCCUCCUGUUGCAGAACAGCACGAAUAUUCCACCGAUUCGCAGUACUUAUACGACAUGGCACAUGCAAUUUCUAAUGGCGUGGUUUCUGUGGAUCUGGCUCACAUAAACCCAGGGAAAAUUCAAACAUAUUCUCGUCACCGGUCGAGUUAUGGUACCCCGGUUGGUACGCUGUGUGACUACACGUACUAA